AUGCAGCAGCAGGCAAUGGAGCUCUUCUCCGCUUUCCAUCCAUUAGCCCAACUCACGCUCACGUUCCCUCUUCCUUCCCCCGUGUGCUUUCCCCCUGCCCCGCUUCCCCCUGCGCUCUCCACAUUCCCCGCGCGCGCGCAGACCCAUCUGCGCAUGGACGGCGCAAUGCAGCAGCAGGCAAUGGAGCUCUUCUCCGCCUGCUACGCGCUCCUCGCGCCCUCCCUCGCUUCCUUCGGCGCCCCCGAGUCCCCGGACGACAGCGAGCGCGCCUGGAGCGCGUGUGUGCUGUUUGUGGUGCGGAAGCUGGGCCCCGCGAAAGCAGCCGAGGAGGCGGCCGCCAGAGCAGGACAAAUCGUGCCACCCGGAUCCUCACGGUCCCAGUGGCCCUGGUUCACCCUGUCUGAGCUGCUGCGCGCCACCAAGCUGACAGUGGUGGAUUUCUUCAAGGAGAUCGCCAACUUCCUGCCACGUGUCAGCCCUGUGAUGCAGGCGGCGUAUGGGGACUUGUGGGAGCAGAGGCUCGAGGUGAAGGAGCUUCAAGCCAACUUCGUUCAUGCAAUCGUGCUCUUCAACCACUACAAGAAGGUGUUUGCAGAGCUUUUCAUCAGCUCCCCGCCUCCGUCCCUCCCUUCGGGCGCACCUCCUCCCGCUGCUGCCGCUGCUGCGGCCUCCCAGUUCUCCCGCGAGAUGCGCUUCGGCUGGCUGCUGUUCCUCUCCAUCAAGGCGCACCUUCUCAGAAGGUUCCCGGAUCUUGUCACUGCAACAAACGCGAUGCUUUGCACGCUGGUGGUGCUGAUAGUCCACGUUCCUCCGUCGCUCCGCCGGUUCUCCUUCUCAGACCCUGUCAGAUUUUCGCGCCGAGCGGGGCGAGAGCGUCUGGUAGAUGUGGUGGGGUCCCUCUGUGCGAGCUACAAGGCAGCCGAGGGGGAAGUCUCAGCCCUCCUGGAGCGCACCCAGCAGCUCAUGGCGCGCUGCCUCGCCCGCCAGGCAUCCUUAGCAACCUGCGAGCAGCACGACGCGGGGGAGGUGUGCCCGGACAGGCUGUUUCUGUUCGAGGGGUUGCUGCAGGACGCAGCGGCGCUGCCGAGUGUGGAUCUGGUGGAGGGGGCGUACCAGGAGGCGUAUGUGGAGGCGGGGGACAGGGCGCUGGAUGAAAGGAUGUUUCUGUUGGGGGAUGGGCAGGUCAUUGGGGCUGUUUCUCAGCUCACUGCUGCUACAAGUGUUGGCGCUGCCAAGGUGAGCGGUACUGAUUGUGUGGAUCUGGUGGAGGGGGCGUACCAGGAGGCGUAUGUGGAGGUGGGGGACAGGGCGCUGGAUGAAAGGAUGUUUCUGUCGGGCGAUGGGCAGGUCAUUGGGGCUGUUUCUCAGCUCACUGCUACUACAAGUGUUGGCGCUGCCAAGCGGUACCAGCUGCCGAGUGUGGAUCUGGUGGAGGGGGCGUACCAGGAGGCGUAUGUGGAGGCGGGGGAUAGGGCGCUGGACGAGAGGAUGUUUCUGUCGGGCGAUGGGCAGGUCAUAGGGGCUGUUUCUCAGCUCACUGCUGCCACUUCCGUUGCUGCCGCCAAGAACCUCACUCCACUCCUCGAUAACGACCGGUUUCACCGCGCGCUCCUCGCCUGCUCGGCCGAGCUAGUGCUAGCGAGUCACAAGGCGACCGCUCACACCUUCCCUGCUGUGCUCGCCCCGGCGGGGGUGUCGGCGUUUGAUAUGGAUAAGGUUAUGGAGGGUUUUGUGCGGUAUGAGGAGGGGCUACCUGGGGAGCUGAAGCGGCAUCUGAACGCGUGUGAUGAGCGGAUUCUGGAGAGUUUGGCCUGGGAGAAGGGGUCGAGCCUGUAUGUGACUGUGGUUGCUGCGAGACGGCAUUUGCUGGCGGAAGUGAAGAGGCUGCAGCUGCUGCCGGAAGGGGAGGAGGGGUUGGUGGGAAAGCUGGUGGGGAGAGGAGCGGGAGGGAAGGGGAGUGGCGGGGAUGGGGAGAAGGGGGAUGGCACUCCGGAGAAGGAAAAUGAUGAAGGUGAGUGGUUUGUGCUUACCCCACCAUUGCACCCCGCUCAUGCGUCCCAGCAGCCUCCCCAUCAGCCCAUGCCUCCUUCCCCGAAUUCUCGCCCAUGA